UUAUUAGCUCAGGUAUUUCGUUUUGGACAGGAAAUCGAUCCGAGUUUGUUCUUUGUAUGGUUCGAAAAAGUGCAACUUUGUUUCAACUAAUAGGGGAACCACGAAAAUAUGACAAUAAAUGAAAUUUUCGUUCCGAAGAACAAGAACACUAUAUAGCUACUAGAGAAUUGAAAAUGUUAUUAUUUUUAUUGCACUACCCACAACUCGUUAAAAUUGAAUGUUCUUCUAGAAGAAAAUCUGAAUUUAAACAUUUGCAAAAUAAUACUAUUUUUAUUCGAUUUGUCGGUUAUACGUUAUAAUUUUUCAUCGAAAAACUGGUCAGUUUUUGAAUGAGCCUUUUCGAAAAGUUAUUUUAGUGAUGAAUACUUUCCGCUAGUUAAUCUCAUUUAUUUAAUUGCAAAAAAAAUUGAGCAUUUAAAUUAGAUUGGCAAAAAGUCCCGUGCGCGGACGUAGAAGUGACGAACCGUGCGAGCAAACACUCUGCGGCCUUUUGACGCAUACUCGAGCUGGCUAGAGGCACCAAAAUUUACUGGAAUGAUGAAAAAGCUUUAAUCUUUCAUAAUUACUGUUCUGUGCUGACCAGUGUAAUCUUUCCAAGAAAACAUUGUCAUCCCCGCACCUAUGACGAAUCCAUUCCGCCGUGAAACCUACCGUUGCGAAUGGUUACACUUGAUUUUGUUCGUUCUCAUUUAUACUACUAUAAAGGCUUGGUUGUGGUCUCUCUCGCAAGUAAUAAUCGAUUAGGUAGUGCAACGGUGGUGGCGUGCCACAAUGAAAACACAAAUGGUACUAAUUGGACUACUGGCAGUAGUCGCAGCAGUGGAAGCAGCAAAGCUGCAAUGUCCCACGACUGAAGAUCCAGCGAAUGGAAUCAUCUACGGCAAAAAAGCCAAACCGCACCAGUUUCCCUAUCAAGCGCUAGUGGUGUCCUACUUAGGAAACGGAUAUGACAAAACUUGUGGCGGAUCUGUGCUGACGGAAAAUUAUAUUCUUACCGCGGCUCAUUGUCUCCAAAAUUCUGGUUCGGUAGUUACCUCGGGAAAGGUAAUUCUCGGCGCUUACAACAAGGACGAUCAAGAAGAGGAAACACAGCAGAGAAUUAAGUUUGGUUCGAUUAAUAUUCAUCCUCAUGCGAGUGGUCUCCGCAAUGACAUUGCCACCAUUCGUCUGGAGAAACCAGCUGUAUUCGACGAUUACGUCCAACCAGUUAUUUUGCCGGAAGCGUCCGACGAUCGAACGUUCGCCGGAAUGACUGGUAUCGCUUCCAGCUUUGGACGGCUGUCCGAGAUAGUGCGAUAUACCAGCAAUGUUAUUAUGACCAACGCCGAUGGUUCGUCGGAAUUGUCCAAUAACGAUCUGAAGGCUCAGUACUUGUGGUUUUGCAUAGCCGGUGACGUCGCGGUGUGUCACGGAGAUUCCGGAAGUCCUCUGGUCGUGAAAGAUGGUGAUCGCAAUCUGCAGGCGGGAAUUUCGUUAACCGUUACGAACGAGGGCUGUGGAACGAUUCAUCCGACUCGGUUUAUUCGAGUUUCCCACUAUUUGGCUUGGAUCGUGGAGAAUUCUGAUGUGCCAGUGGAGGGAAAAUGAUGACUUUUAUUUUAUAUUUUGUUUUAAAAUUUGUAAGGUUGUCACUAUUUUAGGUGUAAGUGUGAACAUUUAGUAAUAAAAUUUGAUAAAUGUUAAACGCUCUGACGAAUCUAAUUCAGUAUGUUCAAGAAAAGGUUCAACUAUUGGCGAGUUACCCUGCUUUUAUUGAAUUUUAUAUUUUGGCAUUUAUUAUCAAAGCCUUGGGUGCUACAUUCAGUAUCGGAACUCGACCUUCUGUUUAUUAUACACAGACUUCGCAACCAACUGUUAAGUGUACAGGACAAUUGCGGGGCUAGCGCUACGAUCCUACUGAUACUAACAGUUUCUCCCGAGCCGAGACUUGAACCUACGACGACUGGCUUGUUAGGCCAGCAUCGUACCUCGAGGCCAGCUGGGUGCAUUUAUUAUCACAGAAUACAAUAACAACAAUUGAAAAGAAAAGUCAAUAAAAUUAUUCCCAGGAUUAAAUUGAAUUACACGUUAAGAAGUUAUGAGUUUUGCACUCCCAGCGUGGCUUCGAAGAAUAAUCGUGAAGAUUCACAAAUUCCCAAAAACAACUAUAUAGACCACACCAGAAAGUAUGGGAACAUUCAACCGUGAAUUAUUUUCUAUUGUCAAAUUCGUUUUUACGGAAAGACUAUACCGCCCCGGACUACACUUUGCAGCUGAAAAAAAAAACUUUCCGAGCAAUUGCAAUGGUGUGCGUAAUACCAGAGGUAGCUAUCACUUUUGUUUUGGUCAUUAUCGCCAUUGUCUUUUUAUCGCGUUUGUGUUACUGUACGAAAAAUUUGCCAAUUUACCGAAAAAUGACAAAAUAACAAAAUGAAAUAAAUAAAAUAAAAUAAAAUAAAAAUCCAACCUGAUGUUUGACACGCGAAGAACGAUAAUCAAAGCAAACCGAUUUUGACAUUUUUUUUUUAUUUUGACACAUGUGUGAAUGUGUUGGUGUCUUUAAAACUGCACUCUGUUUUUUUCGCGGACUGUCUUGGAUAUUUUCAUCAUUUCCACUCUAGUCUUUUAUCAAUAAAGACCUAUUUGUAUUUGGUUAGAGGCCCAGAUCAAAAGAAAUUUCUAGAAAAUUAUUUUCACCUGAAGCAAACGAAAAAGUGCUCUUGAAAUGAGCGAAGAAGAACUUUGGCUGUUCAACGGCAACAACUUCAUAAAUUGUAAGUUCCGGAUCGAGGUGUUGAUGGAGGACAGGACAAGAGAUUGCUGGACUGUCUGAAGAAAGUAAUCGAGGAGAAGGAUCUUGCGAGGGAACUGCCAAAUGACUCUGCGGACGUUAAAACGGAGAAAAAGCAGAAAGCCCGGAAGUGCAAAAACUUGCUCAUCCACCGAAUCGCGGAAGUCCAGUUGGAGUACGUCAAGGACAAGCGCACGUCAAAAGACGUUUGGGAAGGUCUGAAGAACACGCUCGAACGUGUUGGAAUCGCCGGCAAGCUGUUUAUGCAAAAGCGGUUCCAAGAACUGAAGUUGAAAGAUGCUGAUGAAAUGCUACGGCCACAAGCAUGUGGAUUGCCCGUAAAAUGUUGGUAACAACCGGAAAAGAACCCAGAAGCUGAGAAGUUCAACCGAAACUAAAAAACCAAUGCAAUUUUGACAACCGAAAAUGAAAUGGCUUUCGUUGCAGCCACGGGUGACGGUGACAGCGCUUUUUCUGCACCUGCUGCACUGACAGGAUAAUGAAUUGAGUGGUUUUUGGAUUCGGACGCCACAGAGGCAAUUUCUUUUUUCGCAUCCUCUGACAAGGAUGGGUCACAUUGCGCUAGCAAAAUCGGGUCAGGUGCUCGUAAACAAGUUGGCCGGAACGGUCCGAGUGAACAUGCUCAUCAAGGAGAAGAAGCAUCCGUUCGUCAUCAAGGAGGUGCUGUAGGUACCUAAUUUGCAGUGUAAUUCAUUUUUGUCUCGUCGGGUAGACGACGAUGAAAUGACGCUAAAAUUUACCGGAAGGAUGGUACCCAUCGAAAAUGACAAUCGAGUGAUAAACGUUGGACAAAAGAAGAGUCAAUUCUAUUCGCUGGACAUCAGUCUCUGAAAUUCGACGAGGUCAGUAGAAGCGAGCGCUCUGAUGUCAAGGCAGGACAGUUUCGAAUUGCGGCAUCGACGAUUCGGUCAUCUGAGAGAGACGACACAACAGCGAAAGACCAUGAUUGGCCUGAUAGGAUCAUCUGCGUGCCUGGCCGGUGUGCAAACAAGGCAAUCGUUCGACGAGAUGACAGAGAGACGUUUAUCCCGGCCAUUGGAAUUGGUCUAUUCCGAUGGGUACGGGCCAUUUACCACUUCACAGUAGUAUAUCCUUCGGAAACAAAAAAUGAAUUUGAGGAACAGUUGAACCAGUAUCGUGCGCAAUCUUCGGAACGAGAAUCUCCAGGCUUAGGUGCGACAAUGGUGGGGAGUACACGUGCAAAUCAUUCCGGAAAUAUUGCCGCACUGAAGAAAUACGAAUGGAAGUAACUGUACCAUACAGUCUGCAGCAGGACAGAGUCACAGAGAUAAUGAACCGGACUCUUCUGGACAAGGCCCGGUCAAUGUUGGAGGAUGUUAGUCUCCGCAAGAUUUUGUGAGGCGAGGUGGUGGUUACAGCGGCAGAUUUGCUAAAUCGUAGUACGACAUCUGUCCUUAAAAAAAAGAAAAUUCCGUUCGACAUAUGAUACGGUACGAAGCCAAACAUCGACGAGCUAUGAAUUUUUUGAUCAAUCGCCUGUACGUGGAUUCCGAACGUAAAACAAGCAAAAUAGAUCCGAUCUCCGAGAAGAACGUGAUGAUCGGGUACACAACGAACGGGUUUGAAAUACUAAGAGGAGGAUGGAAGGUGCAGCUGAUCGUGAAGCCUGUCGAACUGGUAGUGCUGGAACCGGAAGAUGGGGAAUAUGAAGUCCGUUUGGUGGCUGAAUGUCCAUCAGAACCUUGCCUGGAACCGGCAGCAGAACCACUAGAAGCGAACAGGAAGGCAGAGUCCCCUGUAAGUUCUUUGAUUUUAUUACUAGAUUUAGAGCCACUUCUGCAUUGAACGCGGAGGCAUUUGUGGAAAAUCUUCCAUCCACAAUUGAUGGACUGAUGAAGAGGAGUGACUAGCCUCACUGGAAGGAUGGAUUGACAAUGAGCUGGAGUCGCCCCAAGUAACCAAAAGUUCGAAUAAAAGUAGAAUUCAUAGACUAAUCAGCCAAUCUAACAAUCAUGAAUAGAAUUCUAUUCAGCUCAAUUUUUAAGUAACUAACCGUACUUUCAAGUUCGCAUUUGUUGAAUAAACUUCGAGUAGCAUCCAAAGCAGCUUCCGAACUAGAAAGUUCACAUUAAGUUCGGUUAGGUCACUGAACAGAGCGCUAUUCAGCUUGAAAAGAAAACUUUAAAAUACUUAAAAUAAAAAUCAAUUUGCAAUUAUUCAAUUCGCUUACUCAUGAUUCGUGUUGCUUCAUCAAUCCCAUGAUAAUCAUUUACUGAAGAAAUUUAGAUCGAAAGGAUAAUGUCUGGCUUCAUUUAUUAUUAAAUUUCAUAAUUUUUUUUUUGCAACUUACUACACAAACUUCGAACUCGAGUCCUCCCUCUUUGAAGCCUAUAUUCAUACCACUGCUCCGUUCCCGCUAUAUGAGAUCAGCAUCGAUUUUACUCGAUGUGCUGAUUUCUCUUCAUUACCUACACGUUCAUAGUGAUAAAGCAUACCGGGUCUCUCUUUCAGCUUGAGAGUUCAGAUAAAGUACAGGCGGAACCUCAUGCGAACUAGGAAGUUCAGAAAAGGCUGACGCGGAACUUUUUCUGAACUUUCAAGUUCAGAAGAAGUACGCGCGGAACGCAAUGUGAACUUAAGUCUGACAGUUCUCUAGUUUGUUUUGAUUUUGCUGCAGUUCGUUGGUAAUGUAAUUGAAAAAGGUUGUGUACGCAAUAUUUUCCUUCCAAACGUUUACUGAAAUUUUAUUCUGGUAAGCAGUAUAUACAAAAUAUGAUAAAUGUUCAAAAUCAAUAAAAACUUUUUCGGUGAAUAGAUAUGCUGUGUGCUGCAGUCGAAACGACCAACGCCUUGGAACACAGGGAACUCUCGGUGGUGUCCGAGAAAUGGAUUCAGGCCUCCAAAACCGGCAACAUCAUGCUGUGGCCUACAUAAAAUACACCCAAGAUUUGGGCAAAUUGCUCAGGGAUGAAAGCAUAACGCACAGCAAAUGUCUAACGGGAAUUCACAGCACAUUCAUGUGUAUCUAAUGUAUCGCACACAUCAUAAUUGAUUUCCUGUGAGGUAACAGAAGAAAGUGUUUAGAUAGAGAAACCUUCAAGCACCCUAAUAUUACCUAUUGAAAUCAUAGCUUUGUUUUUUUUGCGAUUAAUUUAGAUUAUAAAAUUCCGAUGAUAAUAAAAUAGACCACAUGUUUUAUUGUUUUUGAAAAACUCAUGUUUUAUCACUAAUCCUGAAGCAAACUGCACUUUCGCCAAAGUAGAGUAAAGCACGAGUCAGAACUUAACAUGAACUUUGAAGUGGAAAUGAAGUACGACAUAGACUUCUCCUGAACUUUCGUGCUGAUUAAAGGUAUGGAUAAAAUGCUAACCGAACUUUAAUUUCCGGCUGCUUUAAGGUUCACGUGUGAACUUUGUGUGAACUUCAACGUUCUAAUGAAGAGGAGCAAGCAGCUUCUCCUGAACCUUCGUGCUGAUUAGAAGUACGGAUAAAAUGCUAACCAAACUUUAAUUCUAAGGGUUUUGAAGUUCACGUGUGAACUUUAUGUGAACUUUAAGGUUCCAAUGAAGAGUAGUAAGCAGCUUCUACUGAACUUUCGUGCUGAUUAGAAGUACGGAUAAAAUGUUAACCGAACUUUAAUUUCCGGGGGUUUUGAAGUUCACGUGUGAACAUUAUGUGAACUUUGAGGUUCCAAUAAAGGGGUACAAGCAGCUUCUCAUGAACUUUAAAGUUGCUUUCAGGUGUAGACGGUACUUUAUUUAGAAUGAAGUUCGGUUUGUAAGUAAUGUGUCUUGUUGUUCAGCAAGAAAGUUCCGCGGAACCAAAUCCGAACCUUAUGUGAACUUCUAAGUUCGUUUGUUAAGUGAAAUUCGAACUUCUGGUUGCUUGGGGCUGCACAAAAAUAAAACUUGGGUACUUAAUCCGAAACCAGGAGAGACCUUAUGGACAGCAAGUGGGUCCUUCACGAUGAAGUUAGUAGCAUCGAGCGGUACAAGACUCGGUUAUUAGCAACGCUAUGGUUUUGACUGCGCCGCUGGUGGCAAAGAUAACCAGGGUACGAGUGCUGUUAGUUGUCGCAAGUCAAGAGAAGAUUCAUGUUCAUCAGAUGGAUGUGGAGACGACUUUCCUGUAUUAGAAAUGUUGAAGAAAGAAAUCUACGUGCGAUAAUCUGAGGGAUUCGAGCGAAAUGGUCUGAAUUUCGUCUGCCACCUCAAGAAGUCACUGUAUGGGUUGGAGCAAGCCCCAAGAAGCUUUUGCUUUGCUUCAAACUAUCCAAUCUGGACAGCUGCCUUUACCGGAAACAAAUCUGGUCCGUUGUCGUUUAUCUGCUGCUCCAUGUGUAAAAUUCUUCAGCAGAUUUCAAUCUGCACCAACCAAUAUUCAUUGCAGCCUUCUAAAAAGAGUCCUCCGGUAUUUGAAGGGUCCCAUCAACUGCAGUUUGGGAUUCCGACGAUGUGAUGAAGCUACACGUUUGCUUGGUUACGCUUGGAAGACCGCCGAUCCGCACCUGGCAAGUAAUCCAAGUUUAUGGUGAAGCCAUUCCGUGGAUGACCAAGAAGCAGAACACUGUUGUGUUGUCUUCAGUAGAGGCCAAAACGUUUCGCUGAGCCAAUCUUCCUGCGAAGCAAUUUGGUUGACUAAGUUUUUGGAAGAGCUUGGAGUACAGAUGGACUAUCCAGAACCAUUGAAUAAGGAGAACCAAUGCUGAGCCUCCACCUUUUAUUAGAAUCGACCCAGAAUUCCCCAUGAAUGUUUCUUUUUUAUCUUUGGAUAGCUAUUGCUUUUACGUACAAAACUAAACGGUGUCCUAGAUCAACUAGCAUCACAGACAAAAACGCUGUAGAAAAUUACCCAUUGGGUAUUUUCUCAUGAAAUUUUGGAUAGGAGUAGUUUAGAGUGUACGCUGUAUUUUCAUCGCUGCCAUUUUUCGAAAAUUGGAAGAAAUGGCGUCACUAGAAAAGCACCGUGAUCUUGCGCAAUCACCUGGUAAAUCCUCAACUCUCUCCUCGGGACAUCGGAUCGAUUGAUUAAACGUUACCAGGAAACUCUGAACAUCGAACGGAAGGAAAAAUGCGGUCAGAAUGGAUGUUUUAUUAAUGUCGUGAAAGCGUUUACGCGAAAUCCUAAUGAUUCUUUCAAGGAUGUGGUCAAAAAGUUGACUGCCCAAGUCUUUCGUUCAGAGAGCGAAGGACCAGGAGGAGCUGCGUACGUACAUAAUGAAGAAGGCUCCAAAUCCUGACGAACGGCAAAGUACGGUACGGAAGUCACGGACUCGGAAACUGUUCACCCAGAGCCUAACUUUUGCAUCAUGAAUGAUGAAACUUACGUCAAGACGGACUUCCGGCUGCUUCGAAAACCACUGUUCUUUGCCGCCCAGCACAAGGUCAAUAUUUUGGAGGAAGUAUAGAAGCAGAAACUUUCAAAAUUUGAGAAGAAAUACAUGAUUUUGCAAGCGAUAUGUUAAUUUUGCAAACGGAGUGCACCGCCUGUGACUACCAGGACUGUAAAUGGGGAGAAUUAAUUCAAGGAGUGUCUACAGAAGCAUUUGCUUCCUCUGUUGAAGCAACACGAGGGCCUUGCGAUCUUCUGGUCGUUCAAAUUGUGACCUGGAGUGAUACGUACCCAAGAACAAUAUUCUUCAACAACAACAGCAACCUUUCCACCAAAUUGACCACAGGUUCGUUAAUUAUUGGUAAAACCGUUUUGCAUACACGAGAAUGAAAAAUAAGAUAGGAAAACAAUGCUCCUAGCUCUCAGAUUUUUCUCAUGAAAACAGAAAAAAUCGAUUAGCAUGAUAUUCUAAACCCUGUGUAACGUACAAUAGCAGGAAAUCCAAUCGCGUCCUUUAUCCUUCGCCAGCAUCGAAGUUCAAUAAGUAAACCAUGAAAACUAAACAUCCUUACACCGUGCCCAGGAGUCGAACGCCUUCGACGUUGACCCUGCCCCCUAGCUUCCACAUCAAUUACGACAAAAGGCAAAUUUGCUCCGCCGUCCUUGGUAUCGAACUGUACUCCACCGCGUAGUGCCUUAAUCAUGCUGCAGAAUCGUGAUUUACGAGGGCAACCAAUUCCGUACCGUUCGUUGCCAAUAGAGACUCGCCGUGGUUUGUUUACGCCCACUGCGCACAAUCGAACGUUCAUUAAUUCAUUGUUUCCCGAGAGUCUAA